UAAUGCUCAAAACAGCUGUAUAAAAUCCGCCAUGUUUGAUUCAAAACCAUAGUUCUAAGUAAUUUAUUGAAGGGCCAAGGAAAUGGCAUACAGUCUCAUCACAUUCAUCCUCUUUGUUUUAUUUAUCCACUUUAGUGAAGUUCUAGGCAGUGAAAGAAGUAAAAUUAUCGAUACUAAGCAAGGAAAAGUUGAAGGGUAUCUGUCUAGCAAUGGCAUGUAUUACGAAUAUUGUGGAAUUAAAUAUGGCGUUGUCAAAGACAGAUAUAAGGCUCCCGAAGACCCACCUUCCCACGAAGGAGUAUUUUCAGCCGACAACCGCUUCGUCCUCUGCCCCCAAUUUCCUGCCAACGACGCUCUCGCAGCCCCCAGCGACAACCAAGACUGUCUAGUCCUCAACAUUUACGUUCCAACCUUCUGUAACACCACCUUACCUGUCAUGGUCUUCCUCCACGGAGGAGAUUUUGGGGUCGGCAGUAGCUCCCCCGUUUUCUACGGCCCCCAUUAUCUAGUCAGUCACGGGGUCAUCGUUAUUUCUGUGAACUAUAGACUUAAUGCUCUUGGCUUCCUUAAUUUGGGCAUCAAAGAUGCUCCGGGUAACGCUGGUUUGAAAGACAUAAGGGCAGCUUUGAGAUGGGUGAAAGAGAAUAUUAAAAACUUUGGUGGUGACGAUGAAAAUGUGACUGUCUUCGGAAAUGGUAGCGGCGGAGUGGCAGCCAUUUGUUUGACUCUCUCAGAUUCUUGUAAAGGUCUUUUUAAACGGAUAAUUUCGGAAAGUGGAAGUUUAUUUACUCCUAAAUCGUUCGAUGCCAAUCCUUUGGCCACUGCGUCACAGGUCGCUAAAUCUCUUGGCGUUAAAACUAUGGACCCUGAAGAACUGUUAAACAUAUACACAGAUGUACCAAUUAAUAAGUUAGAAGAAGCUAUUGGAAACCAAAUGAAUGCUAAAUCAGUGUUUUUGCCGUCUGUUGAAGAAUACUUGGAUGAUGAACCUUUUCUGUGCGAUACUCCUUUUAAUAUCAUAACCUCGGAAGAUUUUGAAGCUGUUCCUGCCAUUUUUGGUCUUAACACUGUCGAAGGAUUAACUUCUACUUUAGAUUAUUACACUAUUACAAGUCAGAUAGAUAGAAUAAUGAAUGAAGAUUUCUCAGUACUCGAUCAGAAGAGUUUCAACGUGUCGAAAGAAGACAAACUUGACAUCAGAGAGAUAUUAAAAGACACUUAUUUCGCGAACAUAAGUUCGGAAGAAAAUAUCGUUGGAGGAUUAAUAAAUAUGAAUUCUGAUUUCUGUUACGUUGGGCCAAUGUCUUUGUUUGUCGAGCUAUAUUCUAAUAGCUCUGAUGUUGAUGUGUAUCAGUAUAUUUUCAAUCAUAUGGGCUAUAGAAACUUGGGCCGGCUUUUGACGAAUACAAGUUUACCAGCGACUACAAAUAUGGACGAAUUGUUUUAUCUGUUCGAGUUGGAAAGGCUGCCGCUGCCAAUGAGUGAAGAUGAUGCCAGAAUAAUCACCUUUAUGACCAUGAUGUGGACUAACUUUGCUAAAUAUGGAACACCGACCCCCGAAGCAGCCAAUGGUGAAUGGUUACCGUAUCCCCACAACCUGGCUAUAACUUUGGAGCCCCAAUACGUAGCGCCUCUAACACCGGAGCGAGCUGUCUUCUGGCGCUCCAUGUAUUUCAAAUAUGGCGCCGAAAUUGAGCGGGAAAACUGA